AUGGGUAAAGAUAAAAACCACCAAAACGACGGACAUACCAAAAUCAGGAACGAUGACCCUAGCUCAAAAACAACACAAAACGCAACACAGAACACCCAAUUCCCGCAAUUCCUUGUGAUGACCUCCACACAGAGUGGUAAAACAACGGCCGCGUUGUCGCCACUUCUGUUGAGGAAGGGCAUCCAGGGAAUCGCAGGGGAUGUGAAAUCCGUUAAGCCAUUGGGAUCGGGCGAUCUCCUUAUAGAGGUUUAUCGCCAACAACAGGCGAUGAACCUACUCGGAACAACCAGUUUUGCCGGCAUCGGUGUCAGUGUGAAACCACACUCAUCACUUAAUUGCAGCAAGGGGGUAAUCAGGUGCCCAGCCUUGCGCAAUGACACCGAUGAAGACAUACUGGCAUAUUUCCAGGAGGAGAGCGUCCCGGUCUCUGAGGUGAGGCGGAUGGUGAUCAGGAGAAACAAUGAUACAAUCAAAACAAACACCUUCAUCAUCACUUUUUCAACGCCAACACUACCCCAAAUACUAACAAUCGGAUACCAGAGGUACAACGUUUCCGUCUACAUCCCAAAUCCAUUGCGAUGCCGAAACUGUCAGAAGUACGGUCAUCACGAAAAGCGAUGUAGACGAAAAUCGAUCUGCCAGUAUUGUGGCCGUGAGGGUCACACCGAGCAAAAUGACUGUGACAUCGCCAACCUGCGCUGUGUCAACUGUGAGGGGAAGCACGCUGCCUCUUCUCGCGACUGCCCUACCUGGAGCCAGGAGAGGGAGAUAUUACGGGUUAAAUAUACCCGAGGUGUCUCUUUCCCCGAGGCCAGGAGGAUAGUCGGGAGUGCAGACAUUGCUACACCCUCUUACGCACAAGUGACUCGAGGCAAGGCGCCGGUUGACAGUGUCACGGUCAAGGAUGCUUCGGCCACAGUGGUGGAGACUGUGGGGUCAGCCAUGUGA